AUGGAAGCAAAUUUCUCUUCUUUCGAAAUCCCACAAAACAUGGAGCCGUUCCACUGGGCAACAUUCCGUGCUCCAAAGCCGCUCAAUAAUUUCCAAAUAUUUGUAGUGUUGGCCUUUCUUUUGUUGCUUUAUCUCACAGCACGCGCCGUCUAUCUCCUCUUCUACCACCCUCUGUCAAGGUUCCAAGGACCAAAACUCUGGAUUCUAACUCGAUGGCCCUUCAUGCGAGCCAUGCAAUCGGGGACAUUGGUCCACCAGGUCCAAAAAUUCCAUUCGAAGUACGGAGAAAUGAUCCGCAUUGGUCCUAACGAGAUAUCAUGCAUCAACCCACAAGCGUGGACCGACAUCUACGGUAGCCAUAAGCCAGGGCAAAACUUUGGCAAGAACCCGCUUUGGAUGUCUAGAAAGCAGAACAGCACAAACUCGAUUCUAAGCGCGGGUGAUAAGGAUCAUCAUCGCAUUCGGAGGUUAAUAAGCCAUGCGUUCUCGGAUAAGGCGUUAAGAGAGCAGGAGCCGAUUCUGCAGCAGUAUGUGGGAACGUUGAUGAGGAGAUUACAUGAACAGGCGAGGGCAGGUUGGGGGGAUGCGAUUGUGGAUUUAGUGGAGUGGUUUAGCUGGACGACGUUUGAUAUUGUGGGAGAGCUUGGCUUUGGGGAGACGUUUGGGUGCUUGACGGAUGAGCGGCAUCAUUCGUGGUCGGCGCUGGUCUUUUCGCAUUUCAAAGCUGCAAGUUUGGUGACUUCUGUCCGCUUUUAUCCGUUCCUUGAGCGGUUUCUGCGGUGGUGGCUGCCGUCACCUGUGUCGAAUCGACAGGGACACUUCCAGUUGAGUAGGGAGAAGAUUCAUCGUCGACUCAAGGGGGCAAAGGCCUCGCCAGACUUCAUAUCGUAUGUUCUCGAUCCGAAGAAUGAAGAGAGGAUGUCUUUGCAAGAGAUUGAAACGACUUUCAAUAUCUUGAUCAUCGCAGGGAGUGAGACUACAGCAUCGGCGUUAGCUGGAACGACUGGUUACUUGCUGAAGAAUCCGAUGUGUCUGGCAACCUUGGUCCAAGAAAUCAGAUGCAACUUCGAAGAAGAAACGGAUAUAAAUCUUUCUUCACUUGGCAAGUUGCCGUAUCUGUCUGCUGUGAUCGAAGAAGGGCUGCGAAUGGCACCACCUGUUCCGUCUGGUCUACCAAGAGUAACACCAGCAGAGGGAGGUAUCGUAUGCGGCGAGUGGCUUCCGGGAGGGACUAAUAUAUCCUUCAGCCAAUGGAGCGCAUACCGAUCUCCAGUGAACUUCUCGCAGCCAAACGAAUUCAUCCCCGAGCGAUGGCUGCAAUCGAACAGGACUUCGCAAUUCGCAACCGACAAGAAGAACACGCUCCAGCCCUUCUCAUUUGGCCCUCGAAACUGCAUUGGAAAGAACUUGGCAUACGCUGAGCUGCGGCUCAUCCUUUCUCGUAUGAUUUGGAACUUUGAUCUCAGUCUGCCGAAAGGGAUGGCAGACUACGAUUGGGCGAAGCAGAAAACAUAUGUCUUGGUGGAGAAAGAGCCGUUGAAGGUUCGACUGUCGCCGAGAAAGUUUGUUCAGCUUGGCUCAACUUGA